CGGGGCCUGCCGGGCGGGGCGGCACCGCCUCCUCGCCCUGACGGUGCGCGCGCGGGAGCGGAGCUUGCGGACCGUGGCGGAGGGAGGCGCGAGAUUUGUUCCCGUCCUUUCCUAAAAAUGUCCAAGCAACAGCCUGCUCAGUUUACCAAUCCAGAAACUCCUGGCUAUGUUGGAUUUGCAAACCUUCCCAAUCAGGUUCACCGAAAGUCUGUGAAAAAGGGGUUUGAAUUUACUCUUAUGGUGGUUGGUGAAUCUGGAUUGGGAAAAUCUACAUUAAUAAACAGCCUCUUCUUGACAGAUCUCUACCCAGAAAGGAUAAUCCCAGGAGCUGCUGAUAAGAUCGAACGCACCGUGCAGAUCGAGGCCUCGACGGUUGAAAUCGAAGAGAGAGGCGUGAAACUGCGACUGACGGUGGUGGAUACCCCGGGAUACGGGGAUGCCAUCAACUGCCGAGACUGUUUUAAGACCAUAAUCGCUUACAUUGACGAGCAGUUUGAGCGGUACCUGCACGAUGAGAGUGGUUUGAACAGGAGGCACAUCAUAGAUAACCGGGUUCAUUGCUGCUUCUAUUUCAUUUCACCAUUUGGUCAUGGCCUUAAGCCUCUGGAUGUUGAGUUUAUGAAGGCCAUACACAACAAAGUAAAUAUUGUACCAGUGAUUGCAAAAGCUGAUACUCUUUCUCUGAAAGAGCGAGAGAGACUAAAGAAAAGGAUUCUGGAUGAAAUAGAAGAGCACGGCAUCAAGAUUUAUCACCUGCCUGAUGCUGAAUCAGAUGAGGAUGAAGAUUUUAAAGAGCAGACCAGACUCCUAAAGGCCAGCAUCCCAUUUUGUGUAGUGGGAUCCAAUCAACUCAUUGAAGCCAAAGGUAAAAAAGUUAGAGGUCGGCUCUACCCAUGGGGUGUAGUUGAAGUGGAGAAUCCGGAGCAUAAUGACUUCCUGAAGCUAAGGACCAUGUUAAUCACCCAUAUGCAAGACCUUCAGGAGGUGACCCAGGACCUUCACUAUGAGAACUUCCGCUCUGAAAGGCUCAAACGAGGCGGCAGGAAAAUAGAAGAUGAAGAAGUAAAUAAAGACCAGAUUCUGCUUGAGAAGGAAGCGGAACUGCGUCGCAUGCAGGAGAUGAUUGCGAGAAUGCAGGCGCAGAUGCAGAUGCAGAUGCAGAGUGGAGAAGGUGACAGCAGUGCAGUUCACGGGCACCACGUGUAAAGACUUGGAUGACUUUAUCUCCUGACUCAAAGGAGACCUUCUGGAGUUGGAUUGCAGUGGUGUUGGAGCAGAAAGGAUGCCUCUUGCUCCCAUGUGACUUGGAGUUUCCUGUAGAAUUUAAUGUGGGAAUGUUCUGUGGUAACUCUUGUGAGAUGUAUUUUGUAACAUGUAGUCACACAAUAUUUUAUAUAUUAUA